UUGGGUCAGUGAGCAGUUUUGCUAUCACACUAUACUGGCAGCACUGAAUAUCAACAGCCAGUGGCUGUCAGUUUCUUGUUUUUGUUUAUAUUAUGUAGUCAGUGGUCUUGUGUGGACGCAUAAAUAAAUUAAAUCAAAAAAAAAAUAAUAUCUGUGAACACUGUGGCUGCGUUAAGAAUGUUGGAAGAAGAAUUGUUCGAGAUGGCAGAAACUGCAACGAUGGUUUAUUUGGCGGGGUGUGUGUUGGAAAGCAUCAGCGACGAUGAUGACGACAGGAGAAAGCGUCGACCGCGUAGUGUUUGGCAGAAGAAAUGGUUGAAGCGCAGGGAAAAGGAAGGGUUUUGUGCCAAGCUGCUCAUGGAAUUACGGGAAGAAGAGCCGGAUCUAUAUCGGAAUGUAAUGCGCAUGUCGAGCGAACAAUUCGAUUAUUUGCUCAAUUUAGUGAAGCCACAUAUUGCAAAAGCCGAUACAAAAUUCCGGCAAAGCAUUUCAGCGGAAGCACGACUCGCACUCACUCUGCGUUACUUGGCCACCGGCGAGAGUUUUAAUUCCCUGCGACUGCUUUUCCGCAUAGCGCAACCAACUAUUUCUGCCAUUAUUCCAGAAGUCCUCGACUCCAUUUACAAGAUUCUUGUCGGUGAUUUUUUUAAGAAGCCUUUUCCAAAAAAUGAAGUCGAGUGGGAGGCGGUGGCAAAGCAGUUCUGGGACAAAUGGCAGUUUCCUCAUUGUAUUGGUGCUGUGGACGGAAAGCAUGUGGUUAUAAACGCACCACCUAACGCUGGAAGUCUUUAUUACAACUACAAAGGCACGCAUAGCAUUGUGUUGAUGGGAGUAGCGGAUGCGGAGUACAAAUUUUUGUACGUUGACGUCGGUCGAAACGGACGCUUUUCUGAUGGUGGUGUUUUCACCCGCUGCUCAUUCAGCCAAGGCCUAAAUAGGAGUGAGCUGCAUUUGCCCCCACCAAAACCAUUGCCUUUCAGAGAAAUGCCAGUGCCCUAUGUCCUCGUCGCGGACGAUGCCUUCGCCAUGCAACCAAACAUAAUGAAGCCUUACGCAAACCGAGGUUUAACGAUGACCCAACGUGUUUUCAACUAUCGUUUAUCUCGCGCACGUCGCAUCAUUGAAAACGUGUUUGGUAUCAUGUCGGCGCGCUUUCGCGUCCUUCGGCAUCCUAUUCUCUUGGAUCCCGAAAAAGCAAAGCAAGUGAUUCUAGCGUGUGCGGUGCUUCAUAAUUUUUUGAUGACGGUGAACAAGCCAACAUACGCACCAGCAUCUGCAUUCGAUCAAUACGAUGCUGAAGACAACCUUUUGAGACCGGCUGAUUGGCGUGCUGAAGCACCAACCGCAUCGAUGCAUGCACUGCAACCGAUUGGAGGGUCAUCAGACAACGCGAAAAAGAUACAAGAGGAAUUGAUGCAUUAUUUCACAGGGGAAGGAGAAUUCAAUUGGCAAUACUCUCGCGUCUAA